GCAGUGACAUCACAAGGGCCUUUGGCAGGACCUCAGCCUAUUGGACAAAGGUGAUGUGGAGGCGAUGAUCUCACAGAGAAAUCUUGACAUCAGCCAGACAGGACAGGGGUGCAGGACAGGGGCAACCUUGGAGAUCCCUGUGGCUUUGCUUCAGCACGUCUCCUUCUCAAGGUCUCUCCUUGAGGACUGAGAGAGAAUUCACUUUUACGUACGUGAGCGCAAGGAGGACCCUCUUCGGAGUUUUCUCCUUUUCUUUUAUUGAUUUUGCUAGAAAACAGACGUCCCUGUAUAGAAGCCAGUCGAUCGCCCGAGAGUCAUCACCCUGCCUGCUGGCUGGGCAGGGUAACUCCUCAGGUCACCACCCUCUCCAGCCUUCCUUGGGCUUGGAGAGUGAGGAGGAGUGCGAGGGACAUCUGCUGACCUUGAACAUCCGCCAUCCAUCAUACCAUCACCUAGAGCAAGCUGGCCAGGCUCCUGAGGAUGUUCAGGAAGAAGGCUCUGCAGGUGGCCCCAGAGCCUGAGGGAAGCAGCUGCCAUCUUCCCAAGGGGCACAGCAACCUCUCCAUCCCCGCUGGCGGGGAAGCAGCUCCCGUCCAGGCCAGAAGGCGGAAGUGCCCAGCCUUCUGGUGCCUGGGACUCUGGCAGCAGCGACGCCGAUGGACGCUGCUGCUUUGUUCCAGGGACCCCCAGAGAUUCAGAGGAGGAGGAAUGGGUGGACAUGUCCACAGAUGAAGCUGCUCUCAAGGUCAUCAGAGAGCAGCUUCGGUGAAGAGAAAAGGAUGAGGGGCAGCAGCUCCUGUUCCUGCAGGCCAUCUACCCAGGCAGCUGUGGUGGAGAGGAGUGUGGAGCUCAUUGAGGAGCUUCCUAAAGACUCUCCACCCAGCGCCAUCCUCGCCAACUCCCUGGUCGCAGUGGGCAACCUCAGCACCAUGAAACCUGCCCUUGAGCCAGACCUAGAGACCCACCUCUUGCGAGCUGCCCUUCGCUCCGUCUUCACCCUGGGCAUGGAGAAGGGCACCAUCAACAUCCAGGCUCUGCACAAAGUCAUGCCAGAGCUCCUGGAUGCCAUGCUGGGGAACCUGCUGGCAGAGUCCCCAGACGCAGACAGGCUCCACUACAUCUUGGAGCAUGUCAACCUCUGGAUCGUGUCCAGGGUGUCCCAGGAGAGAGACAGGGCCAUUAGGAGCUGCACGGCCCUGCUCAGAUAUGCAGUCAUCCUCCCUGAGUUUGACGGCUGACCAUACACAAGGCAGAAGAUCUGUGGUGCCACGACUGGCACCAGGACAGCAGGCUCCUGGGCUAUAAGAACACAGCCAGGGUGGGGGAGGUCUUUGGAAAAUUCUUCUCUGAGGGGCAGAGAAAAUACUUCCUCCAGACAGCAAUGCUGGCAAUCCAUGAUCCCCUGCUGCAUGUCAGCCAGGCUGGGCUGCUCCUCACUUCCUCCAUCCUGGGGGAAGCCCAGCAACUGAUGGGGGACAAGCUGGAGGAUGUCACAGCCAAGGUGAUGUGCCAGCUCCGCAUCAUCCGGCACUUGCACCAGGUGCCCGAGGCGCUGCAAGGACUGCGCCUCAUCUGAUGCUCUGAAAGCUUCCCCUCUCAUGUUCAGCAACUCCCGCUCCCUGCUGCAGGCCCUGGGUGUGUGACUGCCUCCCAGAUGGGUGCAGUCAGAAGCUGAGCCACCUCAGAGAGCAGUGGGGACAGGUCACCUUGUCCUAUGAAACCAAGCAGUGCUAGUUCUCAAAGAGGCUGAGAGGGAAGACCCCGCUCCCUCAUGAAGCAAAAGGCUCCCCAGAGAUGUCCUCAAACCUGUUCUCCUGGGAGCAUUUCUGGGAGGAGGCUCCCGUCCCUCAGUCUCCAACUCCAUCAUGCAGUCUCAUUCACAUAACAUCUCCACUCUCCAGCUCCACUUCCCGCAGCAGGACAAACGAACCUUCAGCUCCUAGAGACCUGACUCUGACCUCCUUCUGAUCAGCAAAGGGGUUUCACCUUCCCCUCAACAAACCUGUCAGCCUCUGAAUGAUGAAUGUCAGAGUCACCAGAACCAGCAAAACUCCAACUGCAGCCAGUCAAGCCUUUGUAAACUUAGCCCCUCUGGAAACCAGGUCUGAACUGGAGAAGUCUGAACUCAUGGACUCAUAGACUUUAAGGUCAGAAGGGACCAUUAUGAUCAUCUAGUCUGACCUCCUGCACAAUACAGGCCACAGAAUCUCACCCACCCACUCUUGUAAUA